UGAGCCACGCCAAAACCACUUGGCUGUCGCACCACAGAACGACGUUCCGGAACGGCAGUUUCAACGCUGCGAGGACCUUGACCACCAGCUUGGACAGCAAUCUGCACCCGAGGAGCUCGAGUCGGUGGAUGUCGAGCUGCUUCGCUUCGUCAGAGUUGAACCAAGCAGCGGGUCGCGAGAAAAGGUGCAGAUGCCGUCCCGUACGUAACGGUUGUGAGCUCGAGCACGCGGAUAAAGUCGGCUGGUUCGUUCCGCCAGAAGAUUCGUUGGAAGGGAGUGUCCGCAGGGGCCACCAGGAUCUGGCGGUACAUCUUCGACAAAUCUGCGGUGAAGGCGACCGGGUGCUUGCGGAAUGCGAGCAGAAUCGAGAAAAGGUCGUUUUGGACGGUUCCCCCGAUCUGCAAGGCUUCGUUGAGGGAGACACUCGAAGGGGAGAGUUUUGCCGAAGCGUCGAAGACUACCCUCAGCUUGGUUGUGGAACUCGAGGGGCGAAGGAUGGCAUAGUGCGGCAUGUAGUAACGACCUUGGCCAGGUCCGGGUCCUGGUUGAGCCGCUUCUCCAACGACAGGAAUCGCCGAAGAGCCAGGCUGCGGUUGUCAUCGAGGUUGCCGACGACGGGGCGGAAUGGCAAGCGAACCUCGUACCGGCCGGUAGGGUCCCGCUUGUGUGUCGCACGGAAAAUGCCUCGCACUCGUCCUGUUCUGUGCUGACUUGUGUGGCGCUGUCGAUGUCCUCGACCUGCCAGAAUCUCUCGAUGGCUUCGCUUACGUCAUCGAGCGUUGCAGUGUGGCUGAACUGCGCGUCACACAGAAAAAAAUUGUGUAAAUUUGGAAGCUUUAAUUUUGGAAGGAACGGUGUCGCCGACAUAACCCGCGACGACCCAGCCCAGGUAGGUCUCGCGGAGCUAUGAAAGGUUCUUCUCCAAAUCUAGUUGUCCCGAUUUCAGCAGCUUGAAGAACAUCGAGACGCCGAGCAACAUGUCGAUCCGGUCCGGUGUGUGGAAGUUCGGGUCGGCCAGCUGGAUGUUCGCAGGGAUCGGCCAGUCGGACGUGCUGAUCGAGGCCGACGGAAUCAUCCCGGUUACCUUGGGGACGAUGAGACACUCCACGUCCACCGUGAAGCUGUUGUAACGGGAUUGGAGCUGGACCGUCAUCGACUCUCGGGCGUAUGUCUUCACUGCACCGAUUCCGCAGAUGGGAACGUUUGCAGCUACUCGACGUGUGUUCAACCGUUUCGCCAAUUGUUCCGUAAUAAAAUUGACCUGCGAUCCGUUGUCGAGCAGCAGUCGGCAUGGCACAGAGCCUGUAAUAUCGUCUUUCGCACAAAAAGUGUAUUUACAAUUGCUUUCCAAAACAAUGGAUGCAGAAGGAUUUACUGCUUAUCAAUUGUUGGCCAUACAUUUCAUACUAUUGACUUCUGAAAUGAAAAAU